AUGAAGCUGGCGGACGGCACUCAGCACCCCAUGCUUGGCUUUGGAACCUACAAGGAUGCCGUGGACGUGGGCUAUCGCUACUUUGACUGUGCCCAAUUCUAUGGCAACGAAGAGAUUGUCGGCGAAGCCCUCAGCAGCACGUCCGUGCCCCGGGCAGAGCUGUAUCUGGUCUCCAAGUGCUGGAACGACACCAUUUACAAGGGUCGCGAGGCGGUGCGUGCCCAGGUGCUGCAGAGUCUGAAGGACCUCAAGACCGACUACCUUGACCUGUAUCUCAUCCAUUGGCCGGUGCCCGAAAAGCACAUUGAGGCCUACAAGGAGCUGGAACAGCUGCAAGCAGAGGGCAAGGUCAAAUCCAUUGGCGUCAGCAAUUAUACCAUUGAAGACUACGAGGAGCUCAAGAAGCACAUGACGGUGCAGCCCGUCGUCAAUCAGAUUGAGAUCAACCCCUUUCUGUACCGGCGGCAAACCAUCGAGUACUUUGAAAAGGAAGGCGUGCGCUUCGAGGCCUAUCGGGCGCUCCGCCAGGCUCAAGAGCUGGACGAUGCGAUCAUCAAGACCAUUGCGGACAAGCACAAGCGCCCCGCCGCUCAGAUUCUGGUGCGUUGGGCCGUGCAGCAUGGCUUUGCCGUGUUGGCGAAGAGCUCCCGCAAGGAGCGCAUGGCCGAAAAUUUCAACUCGUUUGACUUUGAGCUUGAUCUCGAGGACAUGGCCAAGCUGGACGACAUGACGACCGAAGACAACCUCGAGGCGUACCGCGAUACUUACGUCAAGUGCAUCGUUCGCGAUACUCCUGAUCAUGGUACCAGCAAGGGUGUCCCGGAGAAGUUUACCGUCAAGUAG